AUGGCGCCGCUUGCCGCUGCGUGGGCCGCCGUGCUCGGCUCCGGCCUGCUGGCGGCGGCCGAGGGCAAGGCAGCGAGCUCGAACCCCUUCCAGGGACAGGCGUUCUAUGUCAACCCCGUGAACGCCAAGGAGUUCGACGGGUCCAUUGCGAAGGCCACGGGCAAGACGAAGGAGAACUUGCUGAAGAUGCAGAAGGUGCCCUCCGCCUACUGGAUCGACGUGAAGGCCAAAGUGCGCGGUACAGACACCAAGAGCCUCGAGGGCAUCCUCAAGGACGCCUCGAGCAAGUCGCCCCCAGAGCUCGUGGUGGUCAUCUGGUACGACCUCCCGAACCGCGACUGCGAUGCCCUGGCCUCCAACGGUGAGAUCUGCUGCUACGCGGGCGAGGACGGAAGGUGCGACUACGAUAAGACGGGGGACUGUGCCGAGGGCAUCGAAGAGUACAAGACGGAGUACGCCGACCCCUUCAUCAAGGUGCUCAAGGAGUACGAGUCCAAGCUGCCCAUCGUGGUCGUCGUCGAGCCCGACAGCCUGCCAAACCUCGCGACCAAUCUGGGCCACCCGCACUGUGGCAACCCCGCCACCCAGGCCGCCUACACGAAGGGCAUCGGCUACGCGCUGGAGCAGCUGACGACCCAGGUGCCGAAGGUGUCAGUCUACCUGGACGCAGCUCACGGCGGCUGGGUCGGCUGGGAGGAUAACCUGGAGAAGUUCAUGGCCCUGUUGAAGAAGGCUGCCUUCCCAAUGGCGAAGAUCCGCGGCUUUGCCACGAACGUCGCGAACUACCAGCCGUUGGGCCAGAUGUGCCCAUUCUGCCCCGACCAGGGCUGGCGCAACGCAUACUGCCUCAACGGCCGGCACAAGACAGACCCCUGCUGCGCGGACCCCUGCGACCUGCUGGGGCAGUACAGCGCCGGCAACAACGAGCUCAACUACGCCCAGGACCUCAUCCUGGCGGCGAACGACCUGCUCGGCAUGGACGCGCACGCCAUCAUCGACACCGGGAGGAACGGCGUCGCGGACAUGCGCCAGGACUGCAAGAACUGGUGCAAUCCCCGCAACGCUGGCGCCGGAGUCCCGUCCACCACCGACGUGGCCAACGCCAGCAUGAUCGACGCCUACUUCUGGCUGAAGACGCCGGGCGAGUCGGACGGCUGCAGCCAGGAACUGCCCGACGGCGGCGCGUGCCCGCGCUUCGACAACAUGUGCGGCUCCAGCGAUUCCAUCGGCUCCCAGACGACCGAGCCCAGGGCUCCCGAGGCCGGCGCAUGGUUCGACUACCAGGUGCAGCAGCUGGCCCUCAACGCAAAUUUCGAGCCGCCGGCAACCUCUGCACACGCCGCUGGCGGCAGCGCCGCCACGGGGUUUGGGUCAUGCGGCGCGGACCUGCAGCAGCAGCAGCAGCAGCAGCAGCCCCAGCAGUCGCAGGUCACGCUCCAGCAGCCCAGCCAGGUGCAGCAGCAGGGCAACCCCUGGCUCCAGCAGGCCACGCAGCAGGUGGCGGACGUGCAGGGCACUCCCGCGACCGAGGCCUUCUGCUGCUUCGCGGGCAGCGGCGCCGACUUCUGCGCCCCGGACGGCUGCGUCCCCGCUGCGAAGUACUCGUCUGACACCAAGUGCGGGGCGUCACAGGAGAGCUGCAAGGCGUGUGCAAGCCAGGGGCAGUGGUGCCCAGCACAGCCUGCACAGCCUGCGCAGCCGCAGACUGCACAGCAGCAGCAGCAGCAGCAGCAGCAGCAGCAGCAGCAGCCUGCGCAGCAGCCGCUGCAGCCAGUGCAGGCGGGUGCCGCGCUGGCUGGCGGCGCGUGCUCGGCGGCCUACCAGCAGUGCGGCGGGGUGCAGUGGACCGGCCCGACAUGCUGCGCAGAAGGCUCGACCUGCACGCAGAACGGCGACUACUACAGCCAGUGCACGCCAUCCGCCGGCGCGUUCGGCGGGGUGCAGCAGAGCGUCGGCGCCCUCGCAGGGGUGGACAGCUUGCUCGGGAUCAUGAAGAAGGACGACGAGAGCCGCGCGGACGGGCAGAGCGCCCUCGGCCACGGCGGCCGGCGGACGUCCUUCGGGCAGGCAGCGCUGCUUUUCGCCACCGUGCCUCUGCUGAUCGCGGCCGCCGGCGUCGCGUGCCGCCGCAGCUCCGGGCGCCCCAGCGGCGGCUUCCUGCGCCUCCCAGGCGGCGCGUCGCGCCAGGAGCUCACGGCGAUGGAGGCAGGGCUCUGGCGCGGGGCGGAGCUCUUCGCGCAGUACCUCGCCUUCUCGCACGGGGUGCCAGCCUGCCCUGACUGCAGGCUCACGUGUCCGGGGGCCAUCCUUACGUGCCCCCCCUGCCCGGUGGCCAACCUGAGCUGCCCAGCCCCGGUGGUGCAGCUUGCGUGCCCCCAGCCGCCGCCCGUCAACCUCUCGUGCCCCGCCGUGUACCCCUUGCGGGCCGAGGGCGACGUCCUCGGCUUCGACGGAGCUUCCGUGGCCGUCGGCGGCAUCACGGGGGCUCUGGGGGCGCGUGAGAUGGCCGCCCCAGGGGACUGGCUGCUGAUCAGGUACGAGGUUCCGGGGCCCGAGAUCUUCCAUGAGCGGGUGGUCACGGGUGUUUCCGAGACGGAGCCGUCGCUGGUGGCCAACCACACCAACGACGGCGACCACUAUGCCGAGGACGUGAGCCAGCAGAAUGACGAUAUCGCCGAGGUGAGGUGGAUAGCUCGGCCUGGAGACACUCCCGCGGGCGUGGACCCGCGACGCAUCUACAGGUUUCGCAACCCGCCCGACGCGGCCUUGAUGGAGCAGCUCAAGCGGGACGGUGCGCUCAUGGUCGGGGGCCGCGUCGGGCAGGUGGCGCCAGCUCUGGCGGGAGGCGCCCCCCAGGCCGCGGCGGGAGCACCCGGCGCUGGAGCGGGCGCGGCUCGUGGCCCGGGGAUCGCGGGCGUCGUCGGGACUACCACAGAUACACCAGGGGGCAGCAGCUCCCCGACCCGCUCGCUCCCUGACGGGUCGACCAUCGUUGGUGACUGCGCGGUGGUCGAGCUCCCAGCUGGCAAGAUCGUGGCCCGCCUCGUCGCCCGCCGCGACCUGGACAGCUACGUGGUCGACGACCUCAGGGUCAUGCAGGUGAAGUUCAACAACGAGGGGGUGCGGCGGAGGCCUUUCGCCGAGGCGGUCGACAACCAAGACGAGGUCGCCAUCCAGAAGGAGAAGCGCAAGGCGAAGGAGGAGGCCAAGCUCAGGAAGUCCGGCAAGCAUCCCCCAGGUGGCGCCACCCACGAGGCCGGGGGCUUCGGAGUGCGUCCGCCGCAGGUGAAGGCUGCCCCAAGAGCCAACACCAUGUAUACACGCCGUGAGGCCGCUCGUGAGCUUCUGGCUAUCAACCUCUCGUACACAGGCGAGGAGGCUAAGAGUCCGGUGGUGCGGUAUGACAGAUCUCGAGUAGACAUCCCCAGAGUGGGCUCGUCGGUGCCACGGGUCGAGGCUGUGAUCGACCCCGUCGGGAGGGAGUAUCUGCUGCACUUCGAGGCGCGCAUGCUGCGCUCUGCUGAUGAGUGGGGCAGGAUCGUGGAGACCGAGCCCCCCAUCACCCCUUACAUGGGCGAGUACCUGCGGAAGCAUGACGACGCCUACGUGACGUUCGUGAGCGACCUCGUGUCCGCGGGCAUGGUCUCCUUUACCUUCAACCGUAAGGACUUGGUGACGCCGUUCUUUGUCAGCAAGAAGAACGGCCAGCAGCGCUUGGCGCGGGGCGCCCGCAUCCCCAACAGGCGUUUCAAGCACGCGCCGCCGCAGAGCAUGGGCACCUCGGCGGCCUACGGCAGGGUCUGCCUGCAGGACGACGUCGACGAGACUGGCAGCUUCAAGGAGAUGUUGUACUGCGCGCAGGCCGACAUCCGCAACUAUUUCUACGCAUUCGGUCUGAGGGAGGAGCUCGGACUGUUCUUCUCGCUCCCGCCGGUGCCCGAGGCUAUGUUGUCACAGUGGGGGUGCAGCGCGGUCGACUCGCCCCAGGUGGAGCGCGGGGGUUGGGUCUGGCCCUUCCUCUCCGUGGUUCCGAUGGGAUGGAACUGGGCCUUCUGGCUGGGGCAGCGCUGCAACGUCUUUCGAUGCCUGCAGGCUGCCUCGGUGGGUCCUGAGCGCCUGCUCACGGACCAUGGUCCAGUUCCGUCCCUGGGGGAGGGUAGGCCGCGUCUGCUCCCUUAUUGUGAUAACAUAAACCUGGUGGGGACAGACCCGCACCAGUGUGACAAGAUGUUAGACGAUAUAAUUUCCAGCUGGACUUCCCUCGGCGUUGAGAUCCACGAGGUCGCACGAGCCUCGCCCACCUUCUCCAGCUCGGGCCGUCUCGUCGACGGGGUGCAGGGGAUGGUCUUCUCACGCCCAGAGCGCACUGAUAGGAAGUCUGCUCUUGCGUCCAGCUUCGGGGAGGGCUCCAACGAGGACACGGACGGGGACCCGUGCGAGGCCAUCUUCGGGGAGGGCUCCAACGAGGACACCUACGGGGACCCGCGCGAGGACCCCUGGGAGCUCAAUCCGGACUUCGCCGAGGUUCCACACAGCGUGCUCAGCGAGGAGGCCUGGACCGAAGUGUUCGCGGCCCCGUUCCACGUAUCGGAAAGCAUCACGGUCUUGGAGGGGAGGGCCAGCAACGCGGCCUCUAGGCACAUCCUCAGGUCCACGAGGGCCUUCAACAAGCGGCACCUGAAGCUCGGGGACAAUCUGGGGACCGUCUUGGCGCUGUCUCGGGGCAGGUGCUCAGCCUUUGGCCUGCUCCUGUGCUGCCGCCGAGAGGCAGCCUACUCCGUCGCAGCCAAUGUUCGGUUCGAGAAUCGCUGGAUCCCGUCUGAGCUGAACCACUUGGACAAGGGUUCACGCCGGUGGGAGCGCCCGCAUGGAGACCUCGCGGAGCGAUCGGCGAGGCGGGCGGCGGCCGCAGGGACCUUCCGGCUGGUGCCCGCGGGCUCGCAGUCGUUUCUGGAGACCAACGCCGUGGCUCCCGACACCCAGAAGACCUACGCGGAGUGCAUGGUCGAGCUCAGGCAGUUUGUCGCCGUGAACGGGCUCUCGCUCGACACCCCCGCGGCGGCCGACCUGGCGCUGACGAACUACGCCAACUUCGCCUGGGCCGAGGGUCUCGACAAGGGCGCGGUCCAGCGGGUCUACGCGGCGUUCGUCUCGGAGCACCCCGACUUUUCCCGGCGCGGUGGGCUGCGCCUCCCGCGGCUGUCGCGGGCGCUGCAGGGGCGGGAGCGGCUCGACCCAGGAGUCAUGAUCACGACCCUCAAGCAGCCAGCGGCCGCCCUGAUGGUGCUCACCAUGUUCCUGGCCUACCUGCGCCCCUCCGAGGCGGAAGGCCUUCUGGAGCAGGACCUGGUGCCGCCCGCGACGUCGUCGCCUUUCUUCGCCGUGAACCUGCGCCCCAGCGACCGCGGCGAGGUGAGCAAGGUCAGGCUGUCCGACGAGUCCCUCCUGCUGGACCCCACGGAGGCGCUGUGGCUCGGGGAGGCGCUCCAGAGCUUGAAGGCGGGGCUGCCCUCUCGGCCGCUCUUCGACCUGACGGUGCUGCAGCUGCGGGGCGUCUGGGCCGCCGCGCUCCGCGCCCUGGGCAUCCCCAACAGGUUCGCGCUGCGCCAGCUCCUGCACGGGGGCCCCCCCCACGACCGGCUCCGGCGGCAGCGCUCGCUGCCCGAGAUCAAGGAGCGCGGAAGGUGGGCCUCCGACAAGAGCGUCAGGCGCUACGAGGCCCACGCCCUCGUCCAGCAGCAGGCGGCCCGCCAGCGGCCCCGCGGGCCUGCCGAGCAAGGCCCUCCGCGCCGCUUCGGGCCGCCGCCCGGUCUCAGCUCAGGGAUCCCGCCCUUCGCCGAGCUCAUGUGCGGGUCCGCUCACCUCGCGGCCGCCGUCGGCGAGUGCGGGCUUGCUGCCGAGGGCUGGGACUACACCGACGGGGCUGCGGCCGACCUCGAGGCCCCCGCAGUGAUCGAGGGCUUCCGGCAGCGCAUCCGCCAGCGUCGACUGUGCGGCCUGCACUUCGGCCUGGAUUGCAAGACUUGCUGGGGCCGCGAAGUCGGCGUGAUGGCGCCGCUUGCCGCUGCGUGGGCCGCCGUGCUCGGCUCCGGCCUGCUGGCGGCGGCCGAGGGCAAGGCAGCGAGCUCGAACCCCUUCCAGGGACAGGCGUUCUAUGUCAACCCCGUGAACGCCAAGGAGUUCGACGGGUCCAUUGCGAAGGCCACGGGCAAGACGAAGGAGAACUUGCUGAAGAUGCAGAAGGUGCCCUCCGCCUACUGGAUCGACGUGAAGGCCAAAGUGCGCGGUACAGACACCAAGAGCCUCGAGGGCAUCCUCAAGGACGCCUCCAGCAAGUCGCCCCCAGAGCUCGUGGUGGUCAUCUGGUACGACCUCCCGAACCGCGACUGCGAUGCCCUGGCCUCCAACGGUGAGAUCUGCUGCUACGCGGGCGAGGACGGAAGGUGCGACUACGAUAAGACGGGGGACUGUGCCGAGGGCAUCGAAGAGUACAAGACGGAGUACGCCGACCCCUUCAUCAAGGUGCUCAAGGAGUACGAGUCCAAGCUGCCCAUCGUGGUCGUCGUCGAGCCCGACAGCCUGCCAAACCUCGCGACCAAUCUGGGCCACCCGCACUGUGGCAACCCCGCCACCCAGGCCGCCUACACGAAGGGCAUCGGCUACGCGCUGGAGCAGCUGACGACCCAGGUGCCGAAGGUGUCAGUCUACCUGGACGCAGCUCACGGCGGCUGGGUCGGCUGGGAGGAUAACCUGGAGAAGUUCAUGGCCCUGUUGAAGAAGGCUGCCUUCCCAAUGGCGAAGAUCCGCGGCUUUGCCACGAACGUCGCGAACUACCAGCCGUUGGGCCAGAUGUGCCCAUUCUGCCCCGACCAGGGCUGGCGCAACGCAUACUGCCUCAACGGCCGGCACAAGACAGACCCCUGCUGCGCGGACCCCUGCGACCUGCUGGGGCAGUACAGCGCCGGCAACAACGAGCUCAACUACGCCCAGGACCUCAUCCUGGCGGCGAACGACCUGCUCGGCAUGGACGCGCACGCCAUCAUCGACACCGGAAGGAACGGCGUCGCGGACAUGCGCCAGGACUGCAAGAACUGGUGCAAUCCCCGCAACGCCGGCGCCGGAGUCCCGUCCACCACCGACGUGGCCAACGCCAGCAUGAUCGACGCCUACUUCUGGCUGAAGACGCCGGGCGAGUCGGACGGCUGCAGCCAGGAACUGCCCGACGGCGGCGCGUGCCCGCGCUUCGACAACAUGUGCGGCUCCAGCGAUUCCAUCGGCUCCCAGACGACCGAGCCCAGGGCUCCCGAGGCCGGCGCAUGGUUCGACUACCAGGUGCAGCAGCUGGCCCUCAACGCAAAUUUCGAGCCGCCGGCAACCUCUGCACACGCCGCUGGCGGCAGCGCCGCCACGGGGUUUGGGUCAUGCGGCGCGGACCUGCAGCAGCAGCAGCAGCAGCAGCAGCAGCAGCAGCCCCAGCAGCCGCAGGUCACGCUCCAGCAGCCCAGCCAGGUGCAGCAGCAGGGCAACCCCUGGCUCCAGCAGGCCACGCAGCAGGUGGCGGACGUGCAGGGCACUCCCGCGACCGAGGCCUUCUGCUGCUUCGCGGGCAGCGGCGCCGACUUCUGCGCCCCGGACGGCUGCGUCCCCGCUGCGAGGUACUCGUCUGACACCAAGUGCGGGGCGUCACAGGAGAGCUGCAAGGCGUGUGCAAGCCAGGGGCAGUGGUGCCCAGCACAGCCUGCACAGCCUGCGCAGCCGCAGACUGCACAGCAGCAGCAGCAGCAGCAGCAGCAGCAGCAGCCUGCGCAGCAGCCGCUGCAGCCAGUGCAGGCGGGUGCCGCGCUGGCUGGCGGCGCGUGCUCGGCGGCCUACCAGCAGUGCGGCGGGGUGCAGUGGACCGGCCCGACAUGCUGCGCAGAAGGCUCGACCUGCACGCAGAACGGCGACUACUACAGCCAGUGCACGCCAUCCGCCGGCGCGUUCGGCGGGGUGCAGCAGAGCGUCGGCGCCCUCGCAGGGGUGGACAGCUUGCUCGGGAUCAUGAAGAAGGACGACGAGAGCCGCGCGGACGGGCAGAGCGCCCUCGGCCACGGCGGCCGGCGGACGUCCUUCGGGCAGGCAGCGCUGCUUUUCGCCACCGUGCCUCUGCUGAUCGCGGCCGCCGGCGUCGCGUGCCGCCGCAGCUCCGGGCGCCCCAGCGGCGGCUUCCUGCGCCUCCCAGGCGGCGCGUCGCGCCAGGAGCUCACGGCGAUGGAGGGCUUGCUUGCAGAGUCCACGCUCAAUUUGCUUGGCCAGGGCCCGUGCUGGGGCCGCGAAGUCGGCGUGAUGGCGCCGCUUGCCGCUGCGUGGGCCGCCGUGCUCGGCUCCGGCCUGCUGGCGGCGGCCGAGGGCAAGGCAGCGAGCUCGAACCCCUUCCAGGGACAGGCGUUCUAUGUCAACCCCGUGAACGCCAAGGAGUUCGACGGGUCCAUUGCGAAGGCCACGGGCAAGACGAAGGAGAACUUGCUGAAGAUGCAGAAGGUGCCCUCCGCCUACUGGAUCGACGUGAAGGCCAAAGUGCGCGGUACAGACACCAAGAGCCUCGAGGGCAUCCUCAAGGACGCCUCCAGCAAGUCGCCCCCAGAGCUCGUGGUGGUCAUCUGGUACGACCUCCCGAACCGCGACUGCGAUGCCCUGGCCUCCAACGGUGAGAUCUGCUGCUACGCGGGCGAGGACGGAAGGUGCGACUACGAUAAGACGGGGGACUGUGCCGAGGGCAUCGAAGAGUACAAGACGGAGUACGCCGACCCCUUCAUCAAGGUGCUCAAGGAGUACGAGUCCAAGCUGCCCAUCGUGGUCGUCGUCGAGCCCGACAGCCUGCCAAACCUCGCGACCAAUCUGGGCCACCCGCACUGUGGCAACCCCGCCACCCAGGCCGCCUACACGAAGGGCAUCGGCUACGCGCUGGAGCAGCUGACGACCCAGGUGCCGAAGGUGUCAGUCUACCUGGACGCAGCUCACGGCGGCUGGGUCGGCUGGGAGGAUAACCUGGAGAAGUUCAUGGCCCUGUUGAAGAAGGCUGCCUUCCCUAUGGCGAAGAUCCGCGGCUUUGCCACGAACGUCGCGAACUACCAGCCGUUGGGCCAGAUGUGCCCAUUCUGCCCCGACCAGGGCUGGCGCAACGCAUACUGCCUCAAUGGCCGGCACAAGACAGACCCCUGCUGCGCGGACCCCUGCGACCUGCUGGGGCAGUACAGCGCUGGCAACAACGAGCUCAACUACGCCCAGGACCUCAUCCUGGCGGCGAACGACCUGCUCGGCAUGGACGCGCACGCCGUCAUCGACACCGGGAGGAACGGCGUCGCGGACAUGCGCCAGGACUGCAAGAAUUGGUGCAAUCCCCGCAACGCCGGCGCCGGAGUACCGUCCACCACCGACGUGGCCAACACCAGCAUGAUCGACGCCUACUUCUGGCUGAAGACGCCGGGCGAGUCGGACGGCUGCAGCCAGGAACUGCCCGACGGCGGCGCGUGCCCGCGCUUCGACAACAUGUGCGGCUCCAGCGAUUCCAUCGGCUCCCAGACGACCGAGCCCAGGGCUCCCGAGGCCGGCGCAUGGUUCGACUACCAGGUGCAGCAGCUGGCCCUCAACGCAAACUUCGAGCCGCCGGCAACCUCUGCACACGCCGCUGGCGGCAGCGCCGCCACGGGGUUUGGGUCAUGCGGCGCGGUGCAGCAGCAGGGCAACCCCUGGCUCCAGCAGGCCACGCAGCAGGUGGCGGACGUGCAGGGCACUCCCGCGACCGAGGCCUUCUGCUGCUUCGCGGGCAGCGGCGCCGACUUCUGCGCCCCGGACGGCUGCGUCCCCGCUGCGAAGUACUCGUCUGACACCAAGUGCGGGGCGUCACAGGCGAGCUGCAAGGCGUGUGCAAGCCAGGGGCAGUGGUGCCCAGCACAGCCUGCACAGCCUGCGCAGCCGCAGACUGCACAGCAGCAGCAGCAGCAGCAGCAGCAGCAGCAGCAGCAGCAGCAGCAGCAGCAGCAGCCUGCGCAGCAGCCGCUGCAGCCAGUGCAGGCGGGUGCCGCGCUGGCUGGCGGCGCGUGCUCGGCGGCCUACCAGCAGUGCGGCGGGGUGCAGUGGACCGGCCCGACAUGCUGCGCAGAAGGCUCGACCUGCACGCAGAACGGCGACUACUACAGCCAGUGCACGCCAUCCGCCGGCGCGUUCGGCGGGGUGCAGCAGAGCGUCGGCGCCCUCGCAGGGGUGGACAGCCUGCUCGGGAUCAUGAAGAAGGACGACGAGAGCCGCGCGGACGGGCAGAGCGCCCUCGGCCACGGCGGCCGGCGGACGUCCUUCGGGCAGGCAGCGCUGCUUUUCGUCACCGUGCCUCUGCUGAUCGCGGCCGCCGGCGUCGCGUGCCGCCGCAGCUCCAGGCGCCCCAGCGGCGGCUUCCUGCGCCUCCCAGGCGGCGCGUCGCGCCAGGAGCUCACGGCGAUGGAGCCGUAG